AUGGCUAAUUGGAACGAUGAUUCACCAUGGAAUGAAGAUAGUUUAUGGAAUUGGAAUAACGAUUCACGGUCAAAUGAAGAUGACCAUUUAGCCAUAAUUAAUGAGGAAUUAACACAAUAUGAAGCAGUAGGUGCAUUGGUUGGUCAUUAUUGUGAAAUGUACAUGUUUAAACAACCGUGCAAAACUAGUGAGCAGACAGGAAAUUUAUGGGCACAAGGCAUUAUGAAUGGGCAUGAUGAUCGAUGUCAUGAAAUGUUUAGAAUGGAUAAAGAUGUUUUCUACCUCUUAUGUACUAAAUUGGAGGAACAUGGUUUACAAAAGUCUAAGUACGUAGGAAUUGAGGAAAUGGUUGCGAUGUUUUUAAACACGGUUGCACAUGGACAAUGCAAUAGGAUGAUCCAGGAACGAUUUCAACGUUCAGGGGAAACUGUAAGUAGGCACUUUCACAAUGUACUGCAAGCUUGUCUUAGCCUAUCGAGUGAACUUAUUAGACCCAUAGAUCCAACAUUUCGUGCAACUCAUAGAAAAAUUGAGAACGAUCCACGUUACUACCCAUUUUUUAAGGACGCAAUCGGAGCAAUUGAUGGCACUCAUAUACAGAUAGGAGGGAUCUGCACAUGA